CGAAAAUAUCCGAAUGGUAACGAAGUAAUCUGACUUUUCAGCUGAAAGCUAAACUGACUUCUUUUUUUAAUAUUCAUUAGGGCCUAUACGCUAAUCAAUCCUAUGGACACACGAUGUUUAAUUGAAUAAGUACUUGUACAUGUAUGCAGUUUGUACACAACAGAAUGCCAGUGAAGAAACUGAACAUUUCUCUGAGUCAGCUUGAUCAGCACAUUCCACCAGGUCUAAGUGUGAUCCCCAUUGUGAAGAUAAACAAAGAAUCGGACGCGGGUGUUGUUAAGGGUAAAAUUCAAUUACGCUGGCCUCUUCAGAAAACAAAAAACAGCCAACAUUUCAAACUUGUGUUGGAAGAUGUCCAUGGGUCAACUAUUAAUGUGUUUUUAUUUGAUGCAGUUGCUGAAGAACUUUCCACUUGUAAGAAAGAUGAUGUGCUGAUGUUGGCCAAUUUCAAAGUGGAAAAGUCUUGUCACAUGACCACAUCAAAACAUGCCUAUCAAAUUGAAGCUGAUACAACAGCAUCAGUGUGGAUUAUUGACCAGAGUGCUGGCACCAGCAGCAUAACAGAUGGAGCAUCAAAAUCAAAAAAACCAAGAUUCAUCUACAACUACCCAUUGCUGAAAAAUAUCAAAAUAAACACUGUGGUUGAUAUUUAUGCAAUUGUCAAAUUUGUGAAGCCUGCCAAGAAAACAAGAGGAACAGAUUACUCAAUGUUACUGAGUUUAGUUGAUCCAUCGCUUUCCAAUGACAAAAUCAAAUGUGUCCUGUUUGCCAAAUCUGAGGAGAAGUUACCGCCAGCUCAAGUGGGAAAUGUCAUCAGGAUGCACCGGUUGAAGAUAAUUCGUUACAACGGGGAGCAACAGGGACAGAAUAUUCCUGGCUUUUCUUGGCUCCUAUUCAGUGGUCCUGAACGAAGUGAAUCAAACCCGCAUGCAUCAUCUCACAACUACACCUUCACCGAUGAUGAUCAGAAGAAGGUUGAUGAACUUUUUGCAUGGUACGAUAGCACAGAUGACCUCAGCCAACCAACAAGCAACAUCACAACACUGGCUGACAUAAUACCGAGAAUGUAUUUUGAUUUCAUUUGUCAGGUGGUGAGUACAUCUCUGAUAGAAGAAGGAGUUUGCUACCUACUGAGAGUAUGGGAUGGCACCAGAUGCAUUUAUCCUGUACAUCAGCUUGAAGUGAAUGAAGAACAAAUUAACACAUUGUCUUCAAAGUCUCUCAAGAGGAAAGCUGCUGGUUUUGUUGUUGAUGUUUGUCUCUUUGACGAUCAUUUUGCCAUGGGCAGGACAAUAAAGCCGGGGGACUUUAUAAAGCUGUCCAACCUGCAUGCAGCCGAGUUUAAGAAUAUACCAGUCGUCCGUGACUGUUUAGAGCUUGCCACUCUUGAACUCUGUCUGCACCGUGGGACGUCAUUUGGGCGUGGCAUUACUAAACUGAACCCCGACAAUACUGAGGUGAAAGAUCUCUCAAAAAGACUCGAUUUAGUAGGAGCCAAAGCAACUCCUUUGGAAAUACUCACAGAGCAGAGUAAUAAUAACCAAGAUCCUAGUGCAAGACCACAGCAAGGAACGGUUACUGAACAAGGAACGGUUACUGAACAGGGAACGGUUACUGAACAAGGAAUGGUUACUGAACAAGGAACGGUUACUGAAGAACGAGUGUUGGGUUUAUGCGACAGUUCUACUGGUAGUCGGGAUUGCAGUGCAUCACAAAGAAACCAGACUCGAGCUGAUGGAGUCGAUGAUGCUCAGCGGACCGCGAAAUCACUGGAUGAUGACGUUGUUAGUCCACCAUGCACCAGCUCUCAGACCAGGUGUAUGCUGGAGACUGCCACAGUUAUAACCGGCCACCACCACAUAAAGAGAACCAAGAUUUCAGACAUUCUGCAUCACAGCGUCCCUUACAUAUUCCGAAUUCAGGCCAGAUUGUUAAAGAUUCAGCCCGAUCCUUCUUCAUCGGAUUUCAUCAAGUUAUUCUGUCCAGACUGCAAAUUCUUGUGUUCAGUCCAAGAUAUCCAGAAAAAUGAUAAAUCGGCUGCGGUUCAGCCCAGUGAUGAAUCUGAAAACAGAUCAUUUAUGGAAUUGAUAAAUGGUCUUGAGUCGACCGAUACACAAACAACAACACCUCCAGUCUGUCCUAAAUGCAGUGAUAAGCAAGACAGCCCAGUGUACAUGGAAUAUACAUACAUGAUGCGCUUCCUGCUGCAUGAUGGGACAGGAUGGCUAGUAACCAACUUAUGGAGACAAGAUGCUAUUUGUUUUUUCAAAGAUAUUCACCCGGAAGAAGUAUUAAAAGAUUCUUCAAGUCAAGGGGAAAUAAGCCAGUGCCUAGCACAGUUGUCUCCCCAUGAUGGGAUUCACCCCUGGCUGGAAUGCUGUGUUCGUUCUUACACAGGACAGUCUGGUGUGUGCUACCAGAUUUUUGACACAACCAUUGCUUGACUACCUUGAUUGCUGGACAGUGUUUUGUGUGCAUAUGUGCCAUUCAAAAAACAUUUACCAUACUUUCUACACAACAAUGUUACUCCAUUCUGUAGCGUGCGUGUGUGUGUGCAUGCAGGCCCGUAAAUUAAUGUGAAAGUUUUCCCACACUUCAGAUGUUAUUACUACAGGCCUGUGUGUGUGUGUGUGUGUGUGUGUGUGUGUGUGUGUGAGAGAGAGAGAGAGAGAGACGCUAUAUAUGUGACAACAUCGUGAUAACUCUUAGACACAAACCGGCCUCGGUGGCGUCGUGGCAGGCCAUCGGUCUACAGGCUGGUAGGUACUGGGUUCGGAUCCCAGUCAAGGCAUGGGAUUUUUAAUCCCGAUACCGACUCCAAACCCUGAGUGAGUGC